UCGAUGCAAGCAUUUCCAUCAUCUGCAGAGUUCUACAAUUUGUAUAAAUUCGAUAGAUUUUUGGUUCUAAUCAUGCAGUUUGUGUUUAGUGCUAUUAGCCGUUCGAUCUAUUUUGACAAAACCGUCGACUACAUACAAUUCAAAAAUGAAAACCAUUAUCGUCUUCACAUUAUUCGUCAGCAUGGCAUUGGCUGCUCCCCCAACACCCGAUACGGAUGUGGUUCCAAUUGUAAAAUCAGUUAGUGAAUUCCAACCUGACGGAUCAUACGUGUACAGCUACGAAACCGGUGAUGGAUCCGUACGGGAAGAGACCGGAGUAGUAAAGAACGCCGGCACAGAUGAAGCAUAUGUUGCUCAAAGUGGAUUCUACAAAUACAUCGACGCAGACGGUAGCCCAGUCGAAGUACAUUACACAGCUGACGAAAAUGGAUUUGUGCCUUUCGGUUCAAUUAUUGCAGAAAGCAUUAGUGCUGCCGCUAGGGCUGCCGCUGGAGUGAAAGCAUAAACAAAUUUGUCGUCCAUUUAAUUCAAUAAAAUCAUAUUGACAACCGCUUAA